AUUUUUAAAUGAACAGAUCUUAAACUCGAUUUUUGUUUAUCUGUAAAAUAGUUUUUGUGAUCAUAAUGUCACAGUACGCUCCUUUUGUCAAGCCCUACAUCGAAUACAACGAGUUUGGCUGGGGACCCUCGGACCUGCCCGACUUGGAGGUGCCCUAUCAGCCGUUCUGCAAGGGCGAUCGAUUGGGCAAGAUCAGCGACUGGACGACGCCAGUGCAGGAGAGGAAGUACAACAACAACAAGUAUAUGUCGACCUUUGGCAGCAGUAACAGCCAAUAUGCCUACUUCCAUGGGAACGACGAUGCCAGCUUUCAUCUCGUCAAUGGCAACAAUAUGCGCGCUCUCAAACCCUAUCAGCGUAAUCGCUAUCGUCCCACCCAGCGUAACAACUUGCGCUUGCAUGGCCGCAAUGGUCGCUUCAAUGCCGCCAUUGGAGCCGGACAUGGAGGUGCCGGCGCAGCGGGUGGUGCUGGGGCCAGCAAUAAGUACGGCAAGGGCAGGGAUAUGCGACGUGGUCAAACUGGACGACGUUUUAUGCGAGCUGCGCCGGUGCGCCAACGCCAGAGCUCGGUUGUUGUUCGUUCCGAUUGGGUGUCCAUUGAGGAGAUUGAUUUCCCGAGGCUGCUCAAGCUGACGCUUCCGAACAUACAGGAGGGCGCCGAUUUGAUCACCUGUGGCACUCUGGAAUUCUUCGACAAACAAUGCGAUCGCAUCAAUGUGAAGAACGAGCGACCGUUGCAGAAGAUCGAUCGGAUAAUCAAUGUGCCGGGCACUAUUGAUGAUCCCAUCAUCAGACGUUUGUCCAAGAGCUUGGGUAAUGUUUUUGCCACGGAUGAUAUAAUUGCUACGCUGAUGUGCUGCACUCGGUCCAAUUACUCCUGGGACAUCGUUAUUGACAAGGUGGGCACUAAGCUGUUUCUGGAUAAGCGCGAUAAUGCUCAAUUUGAUAUGUUGACGGUUAAUGAGACCGCUUUGGAGCCACCGUUGGAGGAGGAAGGAUCAAUUAAUUCGCCGCAGAGCCUCUCGCUCGAGGCCACCAUAAUCAAUCACAACUUUAGCCAACAAGUGCUCAAGAUUGGCGAACUGGAGCCAAAGCACAAGUUUGACGAACCGAAUCCAUUCGAGGAGCCCGGCGUGGAGCUUGCCUCCAUCGGCUAUCGCUACAAGCAAUGGCAACUGGGCGAUGAUAUGGUUUUAGUUGCACGUUGCAAGCACAAUGGAGUCCUUAGAUCUCCCGGCGGUGAAUUGCAAUUUCUUUCGAUUAGGGCACUUAAUGAGUGGGACUCGAAGGCCGCCAAUAGUGUCGAGUGGCGCCAGAAGCUGGACAGUCAGCGUGGUGCAGUCCUGGCCUCCGAGUUGCGCAACAAUGCCUGCAAGCUGGCCAAGUGGACCGUCGAGGCGGUGCUCGCCGGCUCCGAUCAGCUAAAGCUGGGCUAUGUCUCGCGAUUGAAUCGCAAGGAUCAUUUGCACCAUGUCAUUCUCGGCAUGCAACAAUUUAAGCCACAAGAAUUUGCCACACAAAUCAAUCUGAAUAUGGACAAUGCCUGGGGCGUUCUGCGUUGCCUCGUUGAUAUUAUGUUAAAGCAGCCCGAUGGCAAGUAUCUGAUUAUGAAGGAUCCCAACAAGCCGAUGAUACGACUCUAUGAUAUACCCGAGAAUGCCUUCGACUCUGAUAAUAACGAUGGCGAGGAGACCAGCGAUGAUCGACCUUUUCUCAACUCCAAGGACAAUAAACUUUAAAUUCGGUUUGCUUUUAAAAAGUGUUGUCCUACCAACAAAAUAGUAGAUGCUUAAAUUCUUGUUCAAAUUUAAAUAUUUACUUUUUUAGCAACUAAUAUUUGACAUUAAAGUAACUAAAUACAUAAAAAAUAUAAAGAGUUAA